AUGCUCUGCAAUGAAGCAAACGAGUUCGGGAAAGUCGUCGAGUCUGGAGUUUUAGACGCCAUGGAGAGUCUUGAUGAGCUCCGGGUCAAAUUGAAGGAACAUCCUGUGCGCUUCUCCAGGGUAAAUCAAGAGAUUGCCAUCUACAAGCAGGGUGCCGUCAUCAAGAAGCUCAUCGAGCAGCUUUUCCAAGAGCAAGACAAGCUAGAGGCUCUGCAUGAUGCAUUGUUUGAAUCUCUCGCAGAACAUUUCCGUUCAACGAACUCAGGGGAGGUUCUUCAUUCCAUUUUCAACCCAGAUGUGCUAGAUCCUCAUAAGCAGGCUGCUUCCAUCCUGGUCUUCUCGAGAAUGGCAACCAGCAAGGUAGUAGCUCAGGUGUUCUUGUCCAAAGAGGAAGUAGUUGAGAGAAUGAUGCAAAUAUUCUCGAAAAAGUUAGGGCGGGUUGGACCAUUCAGUGGAUAUUCCAGGGAGAUCAUGUACACACUCCAGGGCAUCGCCAGUUUCGCUCAAGCAUCAAAGCUGUUCCGGCAGAGUAUGGAAGCGAACGGAAUGAAUCUCCUGCCUGCAGUACAGAUACUGUGUUCGGAGUACAUCUUGCCAGCAGAAGAGGACGAGAUCUACGCAUCAAGGGAGGCAGUGGCCAGAGUGAUUGAGAGCUUGUCGUUUUCCAUCGAUAGCCGACGUUGGAUGAUUGACGCGGGGUACAUUCACGUUCUGGCAGAACUCUUCCGGACAAAACGCCCAGGGGAAAAAGAGACAAAAGACGUUAUACUCAGGUCUGCUUUCUCGCUUUUGCGCCUCCUCGAAUCCCAAGAAUGCCUCAAGAAGAUGAAAGAGUGUGAUGUACUUUCCCUUCUAAGACCCGUCUCCAAAGUGCUGGAACUAGAUGACUUGCCUGGCGUCUGGAGUCACAUUGAGAACAAACUUUCAGACGACGCGGGCAGCAAGCAAAAGAUCCAUUACGUUUUUACAACGCGCUUCUGGAAGGGCCUCAAGAGAGCCGACUUUGCCAUUCGCACGGUCUGCUCGUGGAAGGACUGUGCCGCGGUAGAGUCGCAUUCAGAUACAGCUUUCAGCAAGUGCGGGCGAUGCGGUGUGGCACCAUACUGCAGCAAGGAGCACCAGAAGCUUCAUUGGCCAUCGCACAAGAAGCACUCCCUCUCGAAGGGGGAGAAGCCUUUAGGAUAG